ACGCGCGGCAGCCAUAUUUGUUAAGGGAAAGGGGACCCGAGGGGAGCAGAGAACUUUUCUUCUCUUCACCAGAUGCUUGCCACCUCAAACGAAGCCUGAAUUAUGGCGGCUUCUGCGCCGGCCCCGCACACGGCUGACUUUCCGGCUGAGGGUCGGUGCAGUUACUACGUGGAAAAGAAGAAGCGGUUCUGCAGGAUGGUGGUGGCGGCAGGGAAAAGAUUCUGUGGGGAACACGCUGGAGCCGCGGAGUAUUGUUGUGGUUUUGUUUUUAUUAAGGACUUCUUUAUUCAAGAUAUUAAUGCAGGCUUAAAAGAUGGAACAGAAAUACCUGAACAGUUAGUUCCAAUUUCUUCUCUCUCUGAAGAGCAGUUGGAAAACUUAAUUAAGAAAUUGAGGAAAGCAAGUGAAGGUUUGAACUCUACACUUAAAGAUCAAAUUAUGUCCCAUCCAGCAUUGCAUGAUGCCCUUAAUGACCCUAAAAAUGGUGAUUCUGCAACCAAACACCUGAAACAGCAGGCUUCUAUUUUAGGUAACAUUGAAAAAUUAAAGUUACUUGGUCCAAGAAGAUGCUUUGUCGAGUUUGGAGCAGGAAAGGGAAAAUUAUCUCAUUGGGUUGAUAUUGCAUUAAAAGAUGCUGAGAAAGUUCACUUCAUCCUAGUAGAAAAGGUGACCACGAGAUUCAAGGUAGAUGGCAAACACAGAAAGAAAAAUUCAGUAUUCGAGAGACUUCAAAUUGAUAUUCAACAUUUGUGUUUGAAUAAGAUUCCUUUGCUAAGCAAAGAAAAACUACCUGUGGUAGGAAUUGGAAAGCAUCUGUGUGGUGUGGCAACAGAUCUUGCAUUACGAUGUUUGGUUGAAACCUAUGCUGCCAGUUGUGAGGAAAGGACUGAAGAACCUUUAGCCAAACGCAUAAAGAAUGAUAAAACAGAGAAAGAAAUUAACACUUUGGCCAAGGAAGGAAAUGAGAAAAAUGUCCCAGAGAAGUGGAGCCCUGUGGCUGGCAUUGUUAUUGCACUCUGUUGUCACCACAGGUGUGAUUGGAGACAUUAUGUGGGCAAAGAGUAUUUCAGGGCUCUAGGCCUUGGAGCAGUGGAAUUCCACUACUUCCAGCGAAUGAGUAGUUGGGCGACUUGUGGGAUGCGAAAAACAUCUUUGGAAGCCUCCAAUCUUACCACAAAGAGAAAAGAUAAGCAGAAUGGUGACAGUGAAGAGCAUGAUGACGGGGGAUGCAGAAUCACGGAUGAAAGCACCGAGAGUGUCCCUGGGUUCCUUACUGUUGAAGAAAAGAAGAAAAUAGGGCAUCUUUGUAAAUUGCUGAUUGACCAAGGCCGAGUCGAGUAUUUACAGCAGAAAGGAUUCAGUCCUGCUUUACAGUAUUAUACAGAUCCUCUGGUAUCUUUGGAAAAUGUAUUGUUAACUGCUUUACCAAAUCAUUCUUCAUCACCAGAAACAACUGCUUAAUGGAAAAGAAAUUGUGAACAUCUGUCUUCCACCAAAAAAAAAUUUUUUAAUUGUAUUUUUAUAUUCAUAAAAUAUACUUUACGUAGCAGAGAUAUGAACUUUAAAAAAUGUUGUGGCCUCACUGAACUUCGGUUAUAGCUUUGUUUUUUACUUAGAAGUCCAAAUGUUAGCAAAUUCACCAAAUUCUCAAAGUAAUUCUCUUCAGCAGGGCAUCUUGAGUUAUAUUAUCCAUCAGUAUUUAUAGAGCUUGGUAAAGUAGUUGAACAGUUGACUUGGUUAUCUGAAACACACAUAACACAUCAAUACACAACUAGCACAUUAGCUUUCUUAUUUGUAUUAAUUUUGGAAAUUUAUUUAGUACUUUUUACUUCUCAAGUUCAAGAUGUAUGAUCAGUUGUCCAUUUGUAACAAAGGCAAGUCUGAGAACUUGGCUUAUAUAUGGAUUUUUUUUGGUCCAUUCCAAUCUGGAAAGGAUAAUCUAUUGUGAUUUGUUUCUCCUAAUGCAAAGAAAUUCAGAGAUGUUCAUAAUCAAUUAAUGAAUUCACCUUCAGAUUUCCAGAGCCAUACAUGUAUUUAUGUAUUUCUGAAUUUAUCCAUGACAAACAGCAAAAGUGAAGAGAUAGUUUUCAAGGGAAAUGAACUGUUUCACUUCAUUUUUUUAAUUGAAUAAUUAUCUAGUUCGAACUUCCAAAAAGAUAACUUAUAAGCCUCAUUCACAAAUUAAAUUGAAAUUUGCAAAUAACUUCUGAAGUUAAUUAGGUAUCAUAUCUUUUAAAAGGACAUUUUUGUACAUAUAAGCACAACUAUAUAUUCUCCCCUGUUUGAGAAAAUAAUUUGGAAUAAAAUGGAAAUUAGAUAAUGAAACCAAAACCACCUCACACUUAGGCCUUAUUUAACUCAUAAGCGGUUUCUGUGCACAAGCAAAUAUUAAUCCAAACAUAUGGUAAGGACUGUUACUGUCUUCAUGUUAUCCUUCAUUUAUUUCUGUCUUUAUUUGUAAAAAUUGUCUUAAUCAUUGGUACCUUUGCCAAGACAAAGAUCAGAAUUAAUAAUUUUAGGUACUAUAAUGAUAUUCUUAGGUAACUUUUUUAUCCUAUAACUAGAUCUAUGAGUACAUGAAUUAUAAAAUAGAAGCCUAGCGCAUUUUUAGUUCCUGCUUUUCUGCUUUAAUCUCCUGUGUUUUAUGAGACUGCGUAGGUUCAGAUCCUGCCCUACCACCUUAGUGUAUGACCUUGGGCCACUACUUAAUCUCCUUGUGCCUUUAUUCCCCUUUUUAAAAUGAGGAUGAUGAAGAUAAUAAUAAUACUACCUACCUCACAAGGUUUUGUAACAAAUGAGAUAACAGAUGUAAAAUGCUUAAAACAGCUCCAAGCACAGUGUAAGUACUCAAUAAAUACAUUAAUAAUUCUAAUUCACAAAUCUAUUUUUAAUGACAAUAGGCAAACUUGGUUUAAUUAUCUCUGCUUAAGUUGUAACCUUUUUUCUCUUUUUAUAAGUUCCAUGUCAAAUAUUAUUAAAGUAAGGUAGUUUGAUUAUUUCUAAAGUUAAUUACUCAUGCUGCCCAAUCAAGAGAACAUAAAUAAAGGGUAAUAUACAUCA